UAGCGAGCUUCGUACAAUCCACGUUUUGUCUCGCUCCACAGCUAGGCGUGCGACCCACGUGUCGUGCGAGACCAUUGCAAGUUGAGAGGCAAUUUCGGGCAGAUAUCCUAGAGCAUUGAUAGGGUUGAAUUUAUUGGUGACGGAGAAAAUUCCGGAGACUCUUCAUUAUGAGAUUCUCCAUUGGUGUCGGAAGGGCUAUUCCCUUCUUGGGCUACCACCAUGUUUUGAUGAUUUUUAUUGCGCUGGCAAUUAUAUUAUUGUCUCUUCUGCUAGCAGGAUGCUCGUCCUCAUCGCCCACCAUUCCAAAUAUCUUCUUAAUCUCAAUGUACUACAAAUCGUACACGCCAACGUUUGACGCCUCACAAGUUGACCCCGGUGUUACAUCCGCCAUUGCGAACAUUGUCGGCCGAGCGCAACUCGAAGUUCGCGUGGGAUAUUUUGGAAUCUGUGUCAAUCCAGAUGGUGGCUCCUUCCUGUGCUCCAACAAUGCGACGAGCCUGGCAGGACAAGUGACUGUCGAUCAAGAUCCACUAAAUUUAAUUUGGGUAGCAAGCACAUUCAAAGAUGCAAUUGUCUUUCCUUACCUAAUUAUCGUUGCUAUAAUUCUCGCAUUUGUGUCCUUCCUGCUUCUUGCUACGUUCCCUGGCUGGCAUCAAGAAGAGCGUGCUGAAGGUGAAGUCGAGGUCAAGCCAUUCCCUUCGCGGGCUGUCUCACAAAUCGCCCUUGCACUGAUUUUCAUUGCAUCCAUCUUCGUUCUUGUAUCUGUCCUGUGGCAACACACAGCCUCAGUAGCCGCCGCAACGAUAGCCCAGGAUCUAGGAAAUGGAAGCGUCAAGUCCGGAGUCGGCACGUCAGCCAUGAUUCUCGGUUGGUUCGGCUUCGCGUUGUUCAUAAUAACAACGGUCGGACUGCUGGUUAUGAUCUUGAGCAUCCAUAUUGUGGAGCAGAUUACAGAUGAAUGAUGAUAAACGAUCGAAGACACGAUAUUUGUUCAUGUUUGCCCGAUUUGCGGAGAAGCGCAAAAAGCCAGCCGCUUAAUGCACGCUUUGAAG